CCGACUGUCAUAGCUGCCACGUACUGAUCAAGCUUCCAUUGAUUGAUUGAAAGCCGUUACCGAUCUAAAGGAAUCACCUGGCAGAAAGAUUAUCUGUUGCAUCUGUGGACAUGUGGCAUAGCUUGAGAAUUAUACCAUGCAUUACGCGCAGCGGCCCGUAGCUUUUCCGGUCGACUGGCAGUAUCAGAAACACUGAAACAGGUGAUCUGUGGAAAUUAGCGUCAUCAAAACAAAUCUGACAGUUUCUUUGGGCACCUGAGUACGACAAUGGAUGAAUUGUGGACUGUAAUCAUUCUCUCUCUGGCUAUGCUAGUAGGAUGUUAUGUGGCUGGUCUUAUCCCACUAGCGUUUACCUUUUCCGAGGAAAAGUUGAAGUUGGUGACGGUUUUGGGUGCAGGACUGCUCGUGGGAACAUCUCUGGCUGUCAUAAUACCUGAGGCUGUACAUAAUAUGUAUUCUUCCCAUCAAGGUGAACACCACCAUGAGGAUGAGUCCAAGCAUAUGACAGCAGAAAAACUGACCCAGGGAGAGGCUGGACAAGACACUAGUGCUCAUCAUCAUCCCCACACCCACAGUAGGAUAGACACACAUACAACUAUCGGCAUUGCUCUAGUUGUAGGCUUCAUCUUCAUGUUACUUGUGGAUCAGAUUGGUGGGGGGUCCCACUCCCACGCACCCACAGUUGAUUCAGAGACCCCAAGUCAACCAGCAGUUCAAAACAGAAAUAAAAUAACAGCCACCCUGGGACUAGUUGUUCAUGCAGCAGCUGAUGGCGUGGCCCUGGGAGCUGCUGUAUCCACAGCGGAGGCUCAUGUCACUGGUAUUGUCUUUCUGGCCAUUAUGCUUCACAAGGCUCCAGCAGCAUUUGGCCUGGUUUCUUUCCUUCUCCAUGAAGGAUUUGACAGGAAUCGUAUCCGGAAACAUUUAGCAGUGUUUGCCUUGGCAGCUCCAUUUCUAUCCUUAGUCACAUAUUUCACUUUAAGUACGCAAAACAAAGAGUCUUUAUCUGACCUUAAUGCCACUGGAAUAGCCAUGUUAUUUAGUGCCGGGACAUUCUUGUACGUGGCCACUGUACAUGUGCUUCCAGAGAUAGCCAAUAUGGGAAAGUCGCCUUCAGGCGAAGUCCAGAAAGGCUUCACAAAGACUGAGCUAGCGGCUAUGGUGGUUGGUGCUGUUAUACCCGUGAUUCUGUCCUUAGGCCAUAGCCACUGAGAUUCUGUGUUUUAGCCACUGAUGGCUUGUAUGUAAAGACACUCCUGCACUGUUACCAGUUAUGAAUGUAUGAAACCAUUCACGUGCGAGUAUCAGUUGUAUGAAACUCUUAAUGUGUACUAUAAGGUCAACUCUGUCAAGUAUAAUGUCAAAGUUAAUGAUAACAAAUUUAAGAAAUGAAUUUUUACCUAAAUUUUUGUUGAUAUUAUCUGUUUACUUUGCAUAGAACUGUUUUAGCACGUAAGCAUUGAUAUCGAAGAUUGGAAGGAAAAUAAUUUUUUGCUCACAGAAAUUGCAGGUAAAUAUGCUGAGCUUUGCGUUUUCAUACAUCACUUAAGCUCCCUUUCGUACUGUACAUACACAUAUGUAUGUUGUUGCUGUGGAAAUAUUGUCUGAACUUGAAGGAUGUUUUAAUUCUUAAUAAGCGGUUAUUUUUGUCACGACAUCUGACAUACUUUUUCUAUGCACCACAAGUACACAUUAAUAGUAGAAGGCAUCAGAUUUGCGUCAAUAUGCGUUUGAUUACUGGCAUGUUUGUAAUAUGAAAAUCUAAUUUCAUUUGUCACUCAUAAAAUGUGGCAAAUUUCAG